AUGACCUCACAGGACUCCACUUCUCCCGUCACCCUCCGAACUCGCAAGUUCAUCACCAACCGUCUGCUCCAGAGGAAGCAGAUGGUUCUCGAUGUCAUCCACCCUGCUCGUCCCAAUGUCUCCAAGGCUGAGCUCUCUGAGAAGCUCUCCGAGAUGUACAAGACCCCCAAGGAGCAAUGCGUUGUUUUCGGUAUGCGAACCGCUUUCGGUGGUGGACGCUCCACCGGUUUCGCCCUCAUCUACGACUCGCGUGAGUCGAUGAAGUUCGAGCCCAAGCACCGCCUCGUCCGCAUCCAGUACAGUCAUCCUGCAACAGUCAUUCUGACAUUCCCUGAUCCUAUUUGCAUUCAUCACCCACAGAUUGGCCUUGCCGAGAAGACCGAGAAGGCUUCGCGCAAGCUCCGCAAGGAACGCAAGAACCGUGCCAAGAAGGUCCGUGGUACCAAGAAGACCAAGGCUGCCGAGGCUUCCAAGAAGAAGUAA